AUGAAAAACGCGGUAGCAGAAAGUGAAUCAUUAUUACAACGAUACGAACAUGACGAGAAAUCAGCAAAAUAUUUUGUUGAUAUUGGUUCGAAUGCAGAUGAUCUACUCGAUCCUCAACCACAAUAUAAAGAAGUCAGAAAAUGGCCAACAUUUGUUGCCGCGUUUUUCUUGGUUGGUUUUUUUUGCGGAGUUUUGAAUUAAUUUUUAAUAAUCAUCGUUUGUUCAGCUGAUUGGCUGGUUUUUAAACGAGGUGGCAUUGGCAUGGAUUCAUGAACGUGUUCCUCGAGAUGUUCCUCCGCUGCCUGAUUUGUGGUUUUCAGUUUUUCCAGAGGUAAAUUUAGAAGAGAAGAUCUUUUUUGGAAUGGAUAUUUCUGUGAAAAAAAAUAAUUCUUAAGUAUUUUGCCACGUCAUAAUAUUUUCCAGUUAAGUUGUGCAUAUUAAAAUUUCUAACUUAUUUCUUGGAACCCAAAAAAAUGUUUCUGUAAUGGCGUGGCAAAAUUAUCCUUCGCUGUUUUUUUCUUGAAAUCUUCAAUAUUUUCUGAAUUUCAGAUACAAGGAGCAAUCCGAAUAACUGAAUAUAUCAUGUUUAUUUUAUUAGUAAAUGCAUUAAUAAUUAUGUUUACACAUCAACAUCGAUGGAUUGUUGUUCGACGUGGAUUUAUGUGUAUUGCUUUAUCCUAUACGUUUAGAGCACUUUGUGUUACUGUACUACAGGUUUGUCUCUUUUUUUCAUAGAAAAAUAUAAGGUUUGCUAAUUUAUUUAGUUUUUAGGUGCCAGUUCCGUCGGUGAACACAUAUUGUGCACCGAAACUCAACUCUUCAGUCGAGUUGGUUUUAAGUAGAGUGACCAAAAUGUUUUGGAGUGCUGGAAUUGAGCAACUUCGACCACGCGAACUCUGUGGUGAUUUGAUUGUUUCUGGUCACACUCUAACUAUUUUCACUUCAUUUUUGGUUUUCAAAACAUAUGCUCCGAAAAAAUUGCAACCACUUAGUCAUUUAUAUCAAAUUCUUGCAUAUUGUGCUGUUUUUGCCAUUUUGAUGUCUCGAAAACAUUAUUGUAUUGAUGUGAUUUUGGGAUAUACUGUUUGUACACGUGUGUUUAUGGAAUAUCACUCAUUGGCUACUUCUUAUCAUGAAUCAACAUUGUCAAAUAAUCCAUUAUCAUGGUCGUGGUGGUCGAUUUUCAUACCAUUUUUGGAACGAGAUGCUCCAGCUCCUGCUCAUUUUCAUAAUCAUUUAUCAUUGUCAGUCUCUUUGAAAAACGUGUCAAAUAACAAAAGAUCUUGUGAUUGAUUAGAAUCUCCGGAUUUUUGUAGAUUUUUAUCCAUUUGUUUGUAAUAAAUUUGUUGAGUUUUUGAUAGUUACUAUUUAUAACGAUAAUUUAAAAUGUAUCUAUUUUGAAACUUCGAAAUUCGGAUCACUAGUGCACUGCAAAUUAAAAAUAUUAUUGAAAACAAAAAAUUGAACCUCCCUCCAAUUACACACUUUUGGGGCAAACGAUACACCGCUGACACAUUCUUCGUGCGUUCCCGCGAAAAAAUAAAUUCAAAAGUGUGUUUUACUUUUUUCGUUCUCAUCAUUUUUUGAUGACGAAAAGGUUAGAUAAUUUCUCAAAACUUAUUCAUAAAAUAGCAUGAAUUUGACCUUCAGAUGAGCGAAAAGUCACCAACACCAUAUAAUCCACGCGAUCGCAUCAAACGCCAUCUCAAACGAAAAUCCAGUUCUCGAAGUUUAGCCCCAGCUUUGGAUGCAUGUAAUGUUUCGAAUUCUUUCAAACUUUUUCCUGAUAUUGAAACCGAAAGUUGUCCGGUUCCAUCGACUUCUUCCAAUCCAUUCAAAGUUGGCUCUCCAUUGAAAAAACGACAAAAACCACAACAACAUGUCAAUUUUGCUGAUUCAGUGUUUGAUGUCGAAGAAAAUGCACAAGAUCCGUUUAAUGAUGACGUAUUCAGGUAAGUUUCUUGGGUUGAAAAAUACAUCUAAAUCUCUCAAUUUAUAGCUACUCACAAACAAAAGAAAAUCAGAAAACUCCGACAAAAUCUCCAAGAAAAUCGCCGCGGAAAAAAGUAAUUGCAAAAAGAUCGACAUUCGAAAGAUAUCAAAGUUUUGAUCCAAAAUCUAUGUUGAAAGAAUGUUAUGCAACCGAUUUUUCACAAUUAUUAGAUAAAAAAGAAAAAAGUGCGAAUGAAAUUGGAGAAACAUUUGAAGAAUCAGAAAAUAUACCGGAUGAUUUUCGAAUUGCCACAAAAAUACGAAUCAUAUCAAAAGUUCCAUUUUCAUGGAUGAAUUCUCGAAAAUCGACUGGAAUUGUAACUGUUCGUUUGCCUGCAACUGAUAGAUAUGAUGGUUUGAAAUAUUUCAAUGAUCGAUUAUUAAAUAUUGGAAAUCUUGGUAUUCUUGAAGCUUCUACACUUUAUUAUCAAUUUCCUAUUAUUCCUGGUAUGUCACUUUAUCCAAGAAUUACAACAGAAAUCGGAACAGUUCAAAGAGUACCAAUGUCGCCACUUGCGACAACGACUAUGUUUAAUCAAUGGCAAGUUUCAACAUCUUAUAACUUUUCAAAAAUAUAUUUAGGGUCGAAAGUUAUGAACAACUAUUUCAUUCAUAUAAAAAAGGAGAUCGACAAACAUUUUUUGUUGCUUGCGCAGUUUUCAAUGUAUUAUUCACAAAAACUGAAGAAAUUGAAGAUUUUGGAGGCGAAGAAGAUUCUCAAUCAUGUUUUCGAAUGUCAAACGGUCAAAAAUUGAUUGCAAUUGUCAGUCAUACAACUUCUGCAGUUCGUGAACAUUUGCGAAGUCAAGGAGUUGAUUACGAAGUUAUCGGAAAACCAAAAAGUAGAUUAAGUAUUGAUACAAGUAUGACUGGAUUUGAUGACACAAAUGAUAGUCCAAUGAUUGAAUUUCAACCCGAUCAAAAACCAGAACCAACUGAAAUAAAAGAAGAAAGCGAAGAAGAUGAAAAUGAAAGUCCAACAAAAGCAAAUCAACAAUGGUUGAAAGAAAUUGGAGUAUCGCCAAAAAAUGUGAUGAAAAAUAGUUUGGCAAGAAAAUUAUCGACUCGUUUAUCAGAAAGGAAUGAAGGAAUUCUAUCACUUCUUGUAAAAGGAUCAUCUGUUCAAUCAUUGUAUAAUACUUUAAUGUCUUCGGAUAUUGUUCAUGAAAAAACUGGACCAUAUACAAAGAUUCCGCCAACACUUAUUGCUGAAUCAUCAUUUCUUUAUGGACAAUUAUUGAGCUUGAAUGUGAGUUUUAACUGAACAUUUUUAAACGUGAACUUUUUCAUUAAAACCCUUUUCAAUUCGGUUCUCGUUUUUUGAAAUUUCUUCAUUUCAGAAAACAUCGCAUAUUGUGCAAAGAAAAGGAAACGCGACAGAAUAUAUUCUCGAACUCGAUCGUGGUCCGAUUCUUCCACAUACAUCAAAACUAUUGACCCAAUUUUUACGACGUUCGCAAUUUUGUAGCUCAACCGAUCCGGUGAUUAUUCGAGCAUCUGAUCGACAUUCAAAUAACGGAAUGAAUUGUUGGAAUGAAAAAGCGUGUGAUUGGACACAAGUUCAUGUUUUUUCGGAGUUGGUGAAAUGGGCAAAGUGA